AUGGCUUCCUCACCCUCCAAGACCGAGCAAUGUUUGUUCUGCUCGAUGUCGGAGUCGAUGUCUGAGGACGUAAACUGGGUCCAAUGUGGGAAGUGUCAACACUGGGCACAUUUUUCUUGCGCUGGUGUUGAUCAAGGGGUUGUCAACAGUGAUUGGCGGUGCCCACAGUGUCUCCCAAGUAGUGCGCAGCAGCUGAAAGUUCCGGAUGCAGCGGCCAAGAAGCGGAGCAAGAAGUCCGGCCAAAGAAGCGAUGGAGGGUCCGAACUGGGAGCUGGCUCUGAUGUGGAUCCGAUUGAGAAGCAGUUGGAAGAGGAGCAACUCGCCAAGGAGAAGGCCUUUGCAAAGCAGAUGGCGGCGCGGAAGAAGCUACUUGCUAGGCAGAAGGCGUGGAAGGAAGAGCAGCAGAGGCAAGAACAGGAGAUGCGUGAGCUGGAACUCCAGGUUCAACGCGAAAUGGAGGAGCAGCAGUUGGAGCACGAACAGAAGUUACUGGACGCCCAACUGGCAGCAGAGCAAGCGUUUGUGAAGAAGCGGGAAGCGAUUCGGAGGCAGUUUACGAGCAGCGUCAACCGAGUCAACGCGCUGAAAGACCAAGAAAGCGCUGUUGGCGAAGCUUCGGAGGACCAUCCGAAGAAGAGAGUGAAGGAGUGGCUGAAGGAUCAGUCAGUGGCAGUCGACAAGCCGUCGACCGCGGAUUUUCGGGGAGCGUACCCGAAAGGAGACGAACCAUUUGGAACGGGAUGCUCGAAGCAAGUUGGCAAGCCAAAGCCAAUGUCGAAAGUGCCGGUGAUCACAGAAUUUGAAGAUGGCUCAAGUGAGGACAGCGACAGUGAUGGCGACAGCAGCAGCGACGAGUCGUUCAAAGACCUAGACGAUCGAGCGGAAAGCAGCCGGCAUAGCAGUCUGCGGAGAAGCAGAGGUGCUGAAGGGCCAGGGCCAAGCGUUGGUCGGAUCUCCAGGGAGCAACUAGCUGCUCGAAAAGCAGUGUCGCAACACCUUCCAAAGUUUCGGGGAGAAGCAGAAGUCUGGCCGCUGUUCAUUAGCAGCUUCGAAUACACGACGGCGGCAUGCGGAUUUUCGAAUCUGGAGAACCUGAAGCGGCUACAGGACUGCUUGCAAGGCGACGCACUGGAGGCUGUGAGAAGCAGGCUGGUUCUACCAGACUCAGUUCCGGACGUGAUUGCAGAUUUACGGAACUUGUUCGGCAAGCCGGAGAAGCUGUUGAAGACGCUGCUGACGAAGGUGAGAAACGCUCCAGCGCCGAGAGCCGAUCGGCUGGAAACCUUCAUAAGUUUCGGCAUCACCGUAAAGCAAUUGUGCGAUCAUCUCGAGGCGGCACAGCUCAACGACCACCUCAACAACCCCAUGCUAGUGCAGGAGCUGGUCGACAAAUUGCCGCCGAGCUACAAGCUGGAUUGGGUCCGGUAUAAGCGCGGCAGAGUGGACAGUCCGCUGAGGAUGUUCACUCGAUUCACAACCGACAUCGUUUCCGACGUCUCCGAGGUGACGGAGUUCUCAACGCUGUCAGUGAAUGAGCGAGCGCGGCCUGGGAGAGAGAAUCCGAGGAGAAAGGAGUUUGUACAUGUGCACGAAUCCGAGCGGAAGCAGAGCGAAGGUUCUCGCAGCGAGAUGGCCAGCCGGCCAUGUUGGAUAUGCAAGCGAACGGAUCAUCUCAUCCGUAACUGCAAUGAGUUCAGACGAAUGAACGUCGUGGAGCGGCUACGCGAAGUCGAGAGGCAGAAACUUUGUGGAAUCUGCCUGAACAAGCACAGUGGAGGUCGGUGUUCGUCGAAGAUCCGGUGUAUGAUGGGGAAUUGCCGGGGCGGUCAUCAUCCUCUGCUGCACCGAGUGGAAGAAUCAGUGCAGCUGCAAAAAGCGAAGUCGGACUGCACGGUUAUCUUCCGAAUGAUGUCAGUGACGCUCUACGUCGGCAAGCGACAGUACGAUACCGUCGCGUUUCUGGACGAAGGUUCGUCGGCGACGCUGGUGGAUGAUGCAGUGGCAAAACGGCUGAAGGCAGAAGGAACACUCGAGCCGCUGAUAGUCACGUGGACCGGCAAUAUCAACCGGUUUGAGAACGAGUCUCGGACCGUAGAGAUUUCCAUGUCGGCGAAGGGCUCGAAGGAAAAGUAUCCGCUGUUCAAUACGCGAACGGUAUCAGAGUUGCAGCUGCCCAAACAGAACAUUCGGUACGCAGAGGUGGUCAAGCGAUACUCACAUCUCGCGGGAGUGCCGGCAAAGGACUUUCCCUCAGGUGUGCCUACGAUCCUCAUCGGACUGGAUAAUCUGCAUCUGUUCGCGCCGCUGGAGUCACGGGUUGGAAAGCCGAAUGAGCCGAUCGCCGUUCGGUCUAAGAUGGGCUGGACGAUUUACGGUUCCGAAAAGCGGAGACCGAUGGUGCAGACGUACCUGAAUCUUCACUCCGUCGCACCAGUGAGCAAUCAGGAGCUCCAUGACAUGAUGCGGGAGCAAUACGUGUUGGAAGAAGCGCCGAAUACAUCGUUCGCCGUACCAGAGCCAUCGGAAGAGAAGCGGGCUCGGCAGAUAUUCGAGUCGACGACGAAUUACCCUAUGGCCCACCGAAGGAUGACGGCACUUGAUCGGAAGUUGGAGCGAAGCCCAGCGCUGAAGGAGAACGUGUGUCGGCAGAUAGAGGAAUACCAGUCGAAGGGAUACGCUCACAAAGCAACUGAUGUGGAGCUGGCGGAAACACCACAGGGAACUGCGUGGUAUCUGCCGCUGAACGUCGUGGUGAACCCAAGGAAACCGGGCAAAGUCCGCUUGGUUUGGGACGCUGCUGCGUCGGUGAACGGGAUCUCCUUGAAUUCCGAGCUGCUUAAAGGUCCGGAUAUGUUGGUUCCGCUGCCACGAGUGAUCUGCCAUUUCCGAGAACGUCCGAUCGCCUUCGGUGGUGACAUCCAGGAAAUGUACCACCAAAUUCGCAUCAGAUCGGAGGACAAGCAGGCGCAGCGGUUUCUCUUCAGGGCGAACAGUGACGAAGCUCCGCAGGUAUACGUUAUGGACGUAGCGACUUUCGGCUCAACGUGUUCACCCAGUUCAGCACAGUACGUGAAGAAUCUGAACGCCGAGCAGUAUUCGGAACAGUAUCCGGAAGCGGCCGUAGCGAUAGUCAAGCGUCACUACGUCGACGACUAUUACGAUAGCGUGGACACUGUGGAAGAAGCGAUCCAGCGAGCUAGUGAGGUGAAAUAUGUUCACUCCCGCGGUGGCUUUCACAUCAGGAACUGGGUUUCGAAUUCAGAUGCGGUCCUGGAGGAACUCGGGGAGCGAAGCAGGGAAACAGCAGUUCAUUUUAGCCUGGACAAGAGCACGGAGUACGAACGGGUGCUGGGAAUCGUAUGGGAUACGGUCGAAGACACUUUCUGCUUUGCCACCGCGUCGAAACCAGAGUAUUCAACCGUCCUUCGAGGAGGAGUACGCCCGACCAAACGAAUCGUGCUCAGUAUCGUGAUGGCGCAGUUCGACCCUAUGGGAUUCCUGGGGCCAGUAACAAUACUAGGAAAGAUGCUGAUCCAAGAUCUUUGGCGGACAGGCUGUCAGUGGGACGACGUGGUCGACGAUGCGGCGUUCAACAAAUGGAAACGGUGGACGAACAUUCUGGCCGAAGUUCGAGCAUUCAAGCUUCCACGGAGCUACUUUGGCAGUGCACGGUCGGAAGAGAUCCAGGACGUGCAGCUGCAUAUAUUUGCGGAUGCGAGCGAGACGGCGUACGGAUGCGUGGCGUAUUUCCGAGCCAUGGUACGAGGAGAAGUGAUGUGCGCGCUAGUGACCAGUCGUGCAAAGGUGGCGUCGUUGAAGCAGCUGUCGAUUCCGCGACUGGAACUUCUGGCAGCGGUGCUUGCUGCACGGAUGUCGCAAACGGUGCGUGAAAACCACAAUUUCGUCAUCACCAAGGUGGCGUUCUGGGUGGAUGCAGAGGUCGUGCUUUCCUGGAUUCGAUCUGAUCAGCGUCGGUAUAAGCAGUUCGUCGGUUUCCGCAUCGGAGAGAUCCUGAGCCUGACGAGGCUGGCAGACUGGCGAUGGGUGCCCACGAAGCUGAACGUAGCUGAUCAGCUGACAAAGUGGGGCAAGGAUCCGAAUACAAAGCCAAGCAGCGCUUGGGUGAGAGGACAGCAGUUUCUGUACGAGAGCGAGGAAGAUUGGCCGAGGAAGAGUAUGCCACCGGCGAACACGACGGAGGAGUUACGCGUGCACCUACUGCUGCACGAUGUGAAGGUUCCAGCGGUUCUCGUGGACGCGAGCCGCUUUUCGAAGUGGACGGUUCUGGUACGAACAGUGGCCUGCGUGUAUCGAUUCGUGUCGAACUGCAGGCGAAGGAAGGAAAGGCUGCCGGCUGAAACGCUACGAGCAACGAGCGGCCAGUUGAAGGUGCGGAUGGCAUCCACAGGAGCGUCAGUUCGCAUACCACUGAAACAAGAGGAGUAUGAGAAGGCGGAGCGGUGUCUUUUAAAAGUAGCGCAGUCGGAGAGCUUCAUCGACGAGCUGAAAGUGCUGUGGAAGAACAAAGACCGAUCGGUGGACCGAUGGAUAGCGAUCGAGAGGUCCAGUCCGCUGUACAAGCUGACUCCGAUGAUCGAUGAGGAUGGAUUGAUUCGGAUCGAAGGUCGAACCGAGAGGGCGGAAUUUCUACCGUUCGACCUACGAUUUCCGCUGAUCGUUCAGCAUUACCACGAGCGGAGUGGCCAUGGAUACCGUCAGGCGGUGAAGAACGAAUUGCGGCAGCUGUUCUACAUUCUCCACGUCGAUGCUGUAGUCCGGAAAGUGGCAGCUUCUUGUGUAUGGUGCAAGGUGAAUCGUUGUCGGCCUGACACUCCAAGAAUGGCGGCACUGCCAGUGCAGCGACUGACGCCGAAUCUACGGCCGUUCAGCUACGUCGGAGUCGAUUACCUGGGGCCGUUCGACGUGACCAUAGGACGCAGAACGGAGAAGAGGUGGAUCGCGCUGUUCACCUGCAUGGUAACACGCGCGGUGCAUUUGGAGGUGGCACAUGGACUGACGACACAGUCGUGUUUGAUGGCGAUACACCGUUUCAUCGGCCGUCGUGGCUGGCCGGUCGAGUUUUUCUCGGACAACGGGACGAAUCUCCGAGGAGCCAGCAAGGAAGUAGUGGAGUCUGUGCAGGGUAUCAGCGAUGACUGUGCAGACCAACUGACGAACGCGAGGACGAAAUGGACGUUCAACCCCCCGGCCGCACCGCACAUGGGUGGCGUUUGGGAGCGAUUGGUACGUUCGGCGAAGGAAGCGCUCACCGCGCUCGAUGACGGAAGGCGAUUGACGGACGAGAUCCUGCAGACGGCAAUUGUGGAAGCGGAGGACAUUAUCAACUCCCGUCCACUGACAUACGUGUCGCAGGAGUCCGUAGAAGUAGAAGCACUCACUCCAAACCAUUUUCUGAGGGGUGCAUCUCCGAACCAACCGUGUGUGACGCGGUUACCUCCCCAACCAGCCAAGGCCCUUCGGGACGCGUUCCAGCGUUCGCAGCAGUUAGCCAGCGUGAUUUGGGAACGGUGGAUUAAGGAGUACGUGCCGUCAUUGAAUCAGAGGACGAAAUGGUUCGGCGAAUCGAAGCCAUUGCGAGUUGGAGAGGUAGUGUACGUGGUCGAGGGUGCUAACCGGAAGUGCUGGGUCGGUGGAGUAGUUGAAGAGGUCAUCGCGUCCGGCGACGGAAGAAUCCGUCAAGCGUGGGUGCGUACCAGCACUGGAAGGCACAACGUGCACAAGGAUAUCAAGGACCUCGUUGCAAGGAUCCAAGGUAGCCUUGGGUCAGCCAUCAAAGACUGGAGAAGGCUGAUACAGAGAGCGGAAGCUGCUGAAUCCGAGUUGGCGGCGACUAAGAACGCCCUGGCAGCAGCGGUCCUACAACAGGCGAAAACCGGAACAGCCCCCGGUAGAGGUACCAAGACGAAAGGAAAGCCAUUGGGGAUGGAUAGCACACCAGCAUUCACCCCAAAGAGAACCAGAUCAUCACCUGGAGAUGAAAGGCUCGCAGCACCCAAAAAACAAAAGAAUGCGGAUGCAAGACCGACGAACGAAGUGAUUAGCGGCGGAAAGGGUGAUUCCCCCUGGCGCGAAGUCCGGAACAGGAAGGACAGAAACAAAAAGGAUAGCGCUAAAACGCAAAAACCUAUCAGGAGGAGGAAGAAAGGUGAAGCGGUCAUCGUAAAAACCAGCGAAGACACGUACGCCGACGUCUUGCGGGCCAUGAGAACGGAUCCGCAACUCAAGGAGUUUGGUGAUGACGUCCAGAAGAUCAGACGAACCCAAGCAGGAGACAUGAUCUUCGAGUUGAAAAGAGACUCGAAAAACAGAAGCUCAGCGUAUAAAGAGCUUACAGAGAGAGUAAUGGGCGAAAAGGUGCACGUGAAAGCCAUGUGUCCCGAAGCGACGCUCCAAUGCAAGGAUUUGGACGAGAUCACCACCGAGGAGGAAGUGCGACUCGCCAUGAGGGAUCAAUGUAACUUGGAAGGCGUGGAAAUGACGGUACGCUUGAGAAGAGGACCGUUUGGAACGCAGGCAGCGUCGAUAAAGCUUCCAGUAGACGCAGCCAACAAAGCGAUGACAAUCGGCAAAAUCAAAGUCGUUUACAGUUCAGUAUAA